CUUCGCCCAGGUGCAGAAACACUCGAGAUCGUAUCCACCGUGGUUCCUGAGAUUUCCUUUCAGAUAAUACGUACCACGAGCAUUGUCCAUGGCACAGUCGAGCGAUUCAGCCUUUUCCUCGCGUGGCAGCAGCGCCGCAUUAUCGGCAAGCACGCCCCUCGCACUCUUCCCCGAGCGUCAGAUCCGCGCGUCGUUCACGGAAUCGACGGUCCGCGUGUACCAGGCGUACAGCCGCAGCAUCGCCGCUCCCGCAUCGCAAUGCAACCACUUCGCGUCCAGCCCGGGCUUCAAGCUCGGGCGCAUGACGUGGAUCAAGCCGUCCUUUUGCUGGAUGGCGUACCGCGCGGGGUACUCGUUAAAAGACGCCGGGCAGGAGCGAAUCCUGGCCAUUGAUCUGAAACGAGAGUGCUUCGAUCGGAUACUCGAGUCAGCAGUGCUCGCGAAGAACCAGGGCGACGCGUCAUCGAGCGCAAACCGGAGUCAUAACGAGACGCAUUGUAACGAGGGAAACCGUCCUGACAACAGAAAUUCGAUGAAUCCCAGAAAUUCCAGCCAGGUUGUGGUGCAGUGGGAUCCGGAGCGCGACGUGCUCUUGAACCGCCUGCCCUAUCGCUCCAUCCAGAUCGGUCUACGAGGCGACGCCGCCUCGGCGUACGCGCGAGGCGAGUACAUCGCGCGCAUCGCUGACGUCACGGACGUGUUCCGCGAGGUGCAGCGGCUGGCCGUGCGCGAGGGGAAGGUGGAGGACGCGCUCCGACUGCUGCCCGCGGAGGAAGAGUACCCGGUGGAGUCGCGGUCCGUGCGAUCCGCGCUGCACAUGGAUGCGCCGCACACGGAGGAUGUCGCGAUUCGCGGUGCGGAGGACUAGCCGUUGACAGGAUUGAGGGUAGUGGAAUCGUAGCUGGAUGCACUAAAAGGAGUCACUUGCGGUGGGAAUAACAUACUGAGGGCACGUCAUGAGCGCUCAUUUCCCCUCAAAACCUUACCCAACCGUUUUAGGUUUCUAACAAACCUCUUUCAAACAGCACGCGCCUUACUGCACUGGACGCUUCGGACAACCCGUGAGUGAAAUGGUUUAGAUUUUUUACUAGAGGGGAUGUUGGUUGGCAUGAAGUCUACGGUAACUAAUUAUUGAAAAGGUCCCUUAUUACACGUUCCCCAACCACACACCUGUACGGGGUGACAAGCACCUGAGGGAAUGCAGGAGGAAUGAGAGGGAGGGUAUCCAACAAUUUCCUGCUGGUGCCGGUACCCUGUUGCUGCACCGCUGGCUGAUCCACCCACCACCGGCAUGUCAAACAUGUGUAUUUGUCAU